AUGGACAAGAAAUACUACCUGGUGUCCGAGGCUUACAAUAUGGCGAAGAAUCUCUUCAACCAGGGUCGUGCCAACUACAUCAGUUUGAAGAGCAAGUCCCUCAGAACCAUUGACACAUUCCUCGACCUGGUGUACAUUAUGAAUGAUGAGAUGUCCAAAGAGUUGAGGAGUGCUGUGCUGAAAUUCUAUAAAGUGAAAUAUCUGCAUGACUUUACCAAUUACAUUAUUACUAUGGAAGAGAUGAUAGAAAUUAUAGAGCAUUGCCUAAUAGAUCCGAUGGAGAAGUUGGAUCAGAUCAGGUCACAAUUCCACGACGUCAUCAAGAACUUUCAGGACGUGAGGAAUUUCGACUCUGUGAACAAGUGCCACAAGGAACUGCCAGACGAGGUAGCUGCCGCUCACUGCUUGCUGCAUCAGGCCGUACUCUUUAACGAAACGAUGCAAGAAAGUUUGGUAACAAUAGUGGAAAUAAAGACGAGGCAACACGCUCAGGAUAUGAACCACUCGUUGUACAACGUGCAGACGUGCAUCAGCAACUUUGUGCCAAAGUUCUUUGAGCAACUUAUGCUCGAUGCUUACACGGAAAAGUGCGGCUACCUCCGAGUAGUCAACGCUUCAAUAGCAGAUCUAAUUAAAGAUAAGUGGAGAGGCAACGAAACGGUAUUCCCGGAGAAAUGGAGCCCCCUAGUGCGUUCAAACUGCCCAAAAAUGACUAAAACAGUGCGUGAAUUACUUCAAAAUGGGCGGUCGUAUGACGAAACCGAUCGGAUGCCGGAUAAAAUAACCAUAAAUAACUUGGAUAUUUUUAUGUAUCUAGUGGCUAUUGUUGGUCAUUUUGUGGAUCUGGGUCUAGAUAUUAAUAUAGCUGUGAGGUAUUCUAUUGCCCUGAAAAUGACGGAGUUCGGAUGGACGCUGGCGUUUAUCCUUGUGCCUGCAUUGGUCAACACUGCUGUCUCAAUAAGGAUGUACUGUCUAGACAAACAACAGGAGUCUCUGUCUAACGAGUUUACCAAACGCAAGUGGGUCCGUAUCUUCAUACUAGUGUUGCAGCUGGCACCUAUACUGCGAUUCACUGAUGCUCUGAUCUACGCAGUCAAGUCCCGUCGUGCUGAAAAAAAGCAGGACCCAGCUACGCAGCGGAAAUACUACAGUCUGAUGCUGAAAGAGGACUCUGACGCUGCCUUACUGCGCAUCUUCGAAUGCUUCCUGGAAGCGGCGCCACAGCAAGUCCUGCAGACCAGCCUUUUGUUGAGAGCUAACCCGGAUUUCACUGUUCAUCAGAUUCUGUCGAUAGCCUCGUCUAUUGUGGGCAUGGGCUGGUGUCUCGCGGCGUACCAGCGCGCCGUGCGAUUCUACCAGCAGGAUAAAUACAACAUGAGCUGGACCGGCACUGUGUUGCAGACUAUCUGGCAUUUCCUCGUCACUUUGAGCCGCAUAAUCUCAAUAUCAGUGAUCGCGUAUCUGUUCCCUCACUGGACGGUCCUAGCGUGCGCCAUUCACGUCUUCAUCACCGCCACACUCAUACAACUCUUCGACCGUUCGCCGUUCUGUUCACACAACCGUGUCGCCGAUAUAGCUUUCUCCUUCGCACUUGGAGCUGUAUACAUCUUCACCUACAUCCUUCCAGUCGAAGGAAAAACGAGGUAUAGGUAUACUAUUUACUAUAGUAUAUGUUUUAUACAGAAUCUCGCAUGUGGUGCUAUUUGGUACAUAUUUGUGUCCGACGAAAUGAGAAACUCGAUAUAUUUCUUCCCAGUUUUAGCAUCUACUGUGGUCCCCUAUGUUGUGGGUCUGGUUAUAAUGGUCAUCUAUUAUAGAUUCUUCCACCCUGAAGUUAGUAAACGAGGGUUUAGUGUGACCUUCAUUAGUGACCGAGUUAUUACUGACAGUUAGCGUUAAAUCAUAAAAUGGAUUAGUAUUCAUUGAGAUUGUUAUUGUUACUGUGUCACAUAUUCAGUAGGUACGUAGAUUAGAAAUAUGUUUUUGACAGCUGCAAAACAUAAAUAAUGCGGGUUUAGCUUGAACUCACCAUGCCACCACGUUUAUUGAAAAUACUGACUUACGCGAAUUAACUGGGAAAAGCUCUACCUACUAGCUGGAAGUCACAACGAGAGUCUUAUACAAAAGUAGCGCGCGCGUCGCGUCUCGCGUCGGCAUCGCUUAGCCGUCUUAAUGUUUGCAAUAAAAUUAACUAUGGCUCAUGAUAGUUACUAUUAAAAAAUGCAACUACCCCCAUAAACUUAUGUGGAAGCUAUGAAUUACAAAUUGCUGUCUAUAUUUAUAAAAUGAAACAUAGUGGUGCUCCAUUUGUUUACUCAUCUGUGGUCGAAAUAUAUGAUCUGAACAUCUUUUUUCUCUUAUGUUUUGUACCUGUAUAUUGUGUUCCUACUCGUAGUCAGUUACCAUUCAACUUGAGAUAUGUUAUUGUUGUUAAUGAAUUUUCGAACAAUAUUUGUAGUCAAUAAGCAUGAUAAUAUUUUAAUUCUUAAAUGUGAAGAAAUGUAAUACAUAGCUAAAAAUAGUAUUGCAAUUUCUGUUGAAAUACAAAGUAAUCUCUAGUUUAAAUAAUGAAAUGGUAUUUUUGACCAAUAAUAGCUUCCAAAAUUAUAGGUGCAAGAUUAGUGCUACUAAAUGUAAAGAAGGUAAUUUAUAAUAUCAGUAG